UCGUUUUAACCCUUUAGUGGGCGUACUUUAAUAAUUAUUGCUGAUCUCAGCAAAUUAAUCCUGUUUAUACAAGUGGACAAAAGAUCAACUCAAAAGGCUAUGGACACUGUUAAUCUAAAGCUGUUAAUCAUUGGAGACAGUGGCACAGGGAAGUCCAGUUUGCUGUUGAGGUUCACCAACGACACAUUUGAUCCAGACGUCUCAGCCACAAUAGGUGUUGAUUUUAAAGUGAAGACGCUGGUUAUUGAUGGGCGAAGGUCAAAACUUUCGAUAUGGGACACGGCUGGACAGGAGAGAUUUCGUACACUCACACCCAGCUACUACCGCGGAGCUCAGGGGGUUAUUCUAGUCUACGACGCCUGCUCAAAAGAUAGUUUCGAAGGAUUGGAGGUUUGGCUGAACGAACUGGACACAUAUGCUACAAAGAAAGAUCUCAUUAAGAUGCUCGUGGCCAACAAGAUUGAUAGGACGUCAGAGAGACAAGUGUCCAGAUCAGAUGGUCUACAGUUUGCAAGAAGGAACUCUAUGCUGUUCAUUGAAGCAAGUGCCAAGACGAGGGACGGUGUACAGGAAGCUUUCGAGGAGCUGGUACACAAGAUUCUCCAGACCCCCUCCCUGUACACGGUGGCUGGGGAUGGAGGAGGGGACGGCUUCAACGUGGCUCAGUCACAUGACCAGACGGAGGGCGGAUGGUGUGCGUGUAACCUCACUUAAACCAAGUCCUUAUAUACAUGUGCAGUAUAUUAUACAUCAGGACUCCGUCUGAUUAAUUGUGUUUUGUGUGUGUUACAUGUAUUGUGAUAAUUAUAGUCUUUAUUGUUAAAUUUG